AAAUAAAAAUAUCUUUUGAUAACUAACUUUCCUGCUUUAUUCUUAACGUUAUUCUGUCAGAAGUUUGUUGAAGGUAGUAGUUACAACAACAAUCGACGUUCUCAAUUUAAUGUGAAAUCUAAAAACUUUGGUAGGUACUUGUAUAACAACUGUUGCUCCUGUUGAACACUGUGGCUCCACCUUCAUUUAUUUAUUCUAUACAUAUGUAUGUAAAAGAAAAGGCAAAUUUUUUUUAAAUAAUGGAUGAUCAAAUAUCAAGCCAGGAUUUUAUUGCUGCAGUAAAAGACAUUAAAAAUGGGAAAUUGGUGGAAUAUGCUAUUCAAAAUAAAUCAAAGAAAUCAUCAUUCAUGUUUAAAAGUAUAUUGAAGCAGUUAAGUAUUGAAGAAAUUGAUAAUAUGUGGGAUGACUUAAGCAAAGUUGUUAUUAAUCAAGUGGAUACCAUUAUUAUAGGAACUACUAAAAGAUCUCCAAAUAAAAGUAAAGCAAUCUCUCCAAGCAAAAAAGCUUGCUUAGAAGUUAGUAAUAUCAUUCAAGCAGCUAUUGACUUGGCUGCAGUGAUUUUGGAUCAAAGAAUGCCUGUCUCCCAAGGUCUUUUACACAUGGUCGUAUUUCUGAACCGUAUCAUUUUUGAACUGCCUAGCAGCUUAGAUAAUUUGAAAAACAGUAUUGCAUUGCUGUGCGAGAAAAUUUUCCAUUUUGACUACCUCGACCAAGAUCAUGAACUCGUCACUUUUAACGCUUUUCUUUAUUUGAUGCAGCGAUCCUUAGCACAAAAACAUAUGAAAAAAGAUGUGAAGCGGGUUUUUGCUCUACGGUCUCUGAUUCCCAAAGUCAUCAGCAUGAAAGAAGAGGUUGAUGUAAAUGAAGUAUUUAAUCUCUAUAAAAAAUGUGUUACCUCAUCUCUCUACUUAUCAAUGUUAGAGGGUCAAAAAAUCAUUAAAUUAAUUCUGGCAAUAAAUAAUGAAUAUGUUUCUCAAAUACAUGAAGCGAUCAAGCGAAAUUUAUCCUCAGCUACACUGGCACAAGGUUCUGCUUAUGGAAAAGCUUACUUCAAUGCCUGGGCUUUAGCUGUGAAAACGAAAAAUGAGGAAUUACAAAAAGACCUUGAAAUAUGCUUUCAGGAUUUCAUCACGAUGGCUGUAAAUGGACGACGAAAGGCACUUGUGGCAGUUGUGAGAAAAAUUUUGGCUCAAUUCAACAGUCAAAAAAAAGAUAUUCGUGUAUCUAAGUUGCUUUAUAUUUCGUACCAACCUAUUCUUUGGCGCUCCUUAAGACACCCAGAUGGCCUUAUUCGAGCCAAUUCAGCUCGACUUUUCCUUGAUGUUUUCCCUCUAGAAGAUCCAGAAGUUAAACUUGUUGCUGUUGAUCAAGAGCUCAAUGAACAAUUGCUUUUGAUUAAGGAUCUUCUUAUUGAUGAGUAUCCCAUUGUGCGUAGUACUGCUGUCAUUGGACUUUGUAUUGCUAUGAGUGUAAAUUGGGAACUUUUCCCUGAAGAUAUAUUGAAGACUUACUUCACAAUAAUUGUUAAUGAUCUUAGUUGUGAUUCUUCUUCAACUGAUGUCCGUUGUGCUGUUGCAAAGGGUUUCAAAGUCUUGUUGGAAAAUCCUUUGACAUUGCCUACAAUGCAAGUAAUUCUUCCUCGAUUAAAGCCUUUGUUUCAUGAUAUUUCUGAUCCAGUGAGGAUUGCUUUUUGUCAACUCCUCCUGAGGGUUAAAAAAAUUUCUGCAAUUAAAUAUUUCAACAUAGUUCCUAUUGAGCACCUAUUAGCACGCAUGGAAGAGGACUCGGUUAUUUCCAAAUUGAUUGUUAAUCUUGUCUAUAACAGUUACUUUCCUAAAGAUGAGAGCCCUGAUGGUUGGUUGACACGUUGUAUUGAGAUGAUCAAAGCAGAUCGAGGGGCUUCUCGUGUCUUUUUCCAGUAUGCCCCUGGCUUCAUUGGCCUUGAUACGACAGCUCAGUUCAUGAUUCAUGCAGUGAAGAGCAUUGAUUUCUAUACAAUGAGUUACAAUCAAUUUGUGGAAAAGGCUACGACUAAAAAGGAACUGGAUUACCUGAAUGAAAACAUGGAAAUUUUGAAAGAUGUUGGUUUCCAUGAUCCUGAUGUUGUAUCUGGUCUCUUAGAUGCUGUUUCCAUUAUGUGGCUUUCUUCACUCCACAGCCUAGAAAAGCCUGAAAACAAAAGUUUGUUAAAGCUGAUUGUGGGGAAAAUUGCAAAACCUCUUGGGAAACUUCCUCAUUUCUAUCAGAAUACCUCUGUGUGGAAUUCUAUUUACUACCUAAGCAGUUUCAUGCCAACUGAACUGGUUCCCAAUUUGGCAAGUCUCUGCUUUUUCAAACUUAAGGAUCUUGAUUCAUCUGCUGAUCCCCAUGACUAUAUGACCUUGCUCGAAUGUCUCUGCAACCACAAUCAAGUUGCAGGCCUAAUCAUGCUUUUUAAAGAGUGGAUAGAGGCAGGAUUCCAAUUACCUGCUGAUAAACCACCAGCUGCCAAAAAGCGCAAAUCAAAAAAGAGUAUUCAACCUAUGGAACCAAGAUUUGACAAACAUUUAUUGGCUGCUUACCUGUUGAAUGCAGUCCUUGAUCAUCGAUCCUGUCAAAAGGCAAUUCUGAGAAAACAUGCAGAAGUUUUGAAGGAUAUGUUAAGUUUUACAGAUGAUUUAAAAAGGAAAGUGGAAUUAUCCCGUGAAAAUAAUAUCUGCAAAGAGGAUGAAAUUUUCUUGAAGAAAUUGUUGUAUGCGUUGCUUCAAAUUUCUGUGCUUCUACAAGCUGAAGAAAAAUAUAAUUCUGUCAAAUUCGUUGAAGAUAUAAUCCUUUGGAUCCAGGAAAAGCUUUUAAGACCUGCUUGCAUGGAGAUUAGUCUGAAUGCCAGUGCUAGACGAAACAGGUCACAAAAGAAUAAACCCUCUGCUUCAUUUGAACAACUUGUUUUUGAAAUUUGUAAAGAUGUGUGUCGGAUCAUAACAGAUAUGACAAUGUUGGGAUACACAACUCCUAGGUCUCUAAAGUUCUUAAAAUUUGGCAUGAAGAUACUCAGUUUAGAUUCUGGUGGAAAACUUCUUCUUCCUGUUUGUAAAUUGCUGUUCAAUCAUAUAUCUUAUGGAAUUUCCAAUGACUGUGAAGACAAAAAUUAUUCCGUCCUUAAAUUUGUGCCUGAUAGUUUCAAUAAAAUUAUUCAGUGCCUCAAUGAAGAAGACUUUCUUAAAGCUGUCCCUGUAACAGAUUUCAAAGAAGUGCAAUCCUUAUUAGUUGGAUCUCUUUUACUUAUGCAGUCUCAAAACUCACUGAAAGAGUUGGUCUCCAGCAUUGUUAAUAUGAUGACAAAAGCUACUUUAAACAACAUUCUCAACAAUUUUGAGGAUUGGGAUGAUAUUGAAAAGAAAUGUGAUUCCCUCCAGUUGAUACCUGUUUCAAAGCCUGGUAUGUUCAUACUUUCCAUGUUGUGCAUGAAGCCUAAAAUUAUCAUGCAAAUUCUGCAACAACUUCAGAAAUAUCUUAAUUCUGGAAUGGAUAUAAGGGAUAUGCGGUCUUGGGUUGCCUGCUACAUCAUGAUAUCAAAUCUUUCAGAGACUAAAAAUUUAUCCAAGACUAUCAAUAAAGAGAUCCAAAGUAUGAUAGAUAAAAUGAAAAGCUUGCUGAUGGAACACUAUCCUCUGAAAGACAUUGACACCAAUUUACCAUUCUCCCAGGACACUCCCAAAUCUGCAAAAAAGAAGAAAGAGAUCAGCUUUGAAGAACACUGCCUGCAUGAAUGUAAAAAACUAAAGAAUUUGCUAUCAGAAAAGAUAAAGAAUCUUUGAUAUAGAUGUUGUUUAUUCAAAAUAUUUUUAUACUUUUAGACUUUUGAUAUAUUUCAAAACUAUUUCUUUCAGUGAGGAUUGAAAACUUUUAAGCACCUAUUUGUGUAUAUAUAUGUAUGUAUUGUUUUGAUCAGAAAAUUGACACAUAUUAGAAUCCAAUUUUGUACAGUUAAUAAUUAAUAAAAAGCCCUGUGAUUCAAAAAUAAAUAUGUGCAUUUCCCUGUGAAUAAAAUCAGUAUUUCACAUAACAGAAUUUAAACCAGUGGAUUCUCCAUGGGAAGUAAUAUAACGCGGGAUAAAUGUACUUAUUUGUGUCAAAUUUCAUAAGUUUAUUUGAUCAUGUUUGUUGUAUAUAUAUAUAUAUUAAUUACAUUUUAAAAACAAGUCUCAUGCAAAAUUCAUGUAUUUUAAUCACAUUAUAAUUAACUUAUUUCCUUGUUGUUUACUAUUAAGGUUUUCUUCACUUAAUUUGUUGCUUGCUUAAAUGUAUACUUGAAAUCUUGUCUGUCGUGUACAGAAUCACAGAUGGGAAAAGUUUUAAGAAAUUCCGUUAUAACUGGAGAGUUGAUUCCUGUAAACAAUGCAUUGUCUGCUGAGUUUCCCAAAUUUUAUUAUGUAAAGGGGGGGGGGUGGACUUUUUACUCUAUUUAUUGUAAAUAUAAAGAGAAGGUUAAAAACUUGUUCAGUUUCUAGAAAUGUGUCAUUCAUUUGCCCAUUGACUAUUAAAUGCAUUGUAAAAUUUCAUUGGUUACUUUUCUGUUAAAUAAAUUAAGGGCAAGUUAGCAAAUUAAUUUUAGUGGAAAAUUCAAACUAAAGAUAUGAAUGAUUCUAACUUCCCGUGAUUUUCUGUUACUAAUAUGUUGUAUUAAAAUAAGAUGAAUGUAAAUUAUUAUUAUAACCCUUCACUUCAUUGUUAUGCAGUAAUACCUUGAACUAUUCUAUAUUUUAAAGAUAUUUUUUAAUCUAUAUAUUGAUAUUAUUGUGAGUUAUACUGGCAGUUUUUGUCUGGUUGGCAUCUUAACUCCAUAUACUGCUAUAUUUUUCUAUUAAUUUUAGAUAAUUUCAAAAUCUAUUCAUCAACAGACUUGAUUUAUAACCAUUAUAUAUAUAUAUGCCAUUAUAAUUUAUUAUAUUCAUGGAUUUUUGAUCAUAAUGUAAUUAUUUCUUCAGUUAUCUAUUGAAAAUAUUUAGGAUUUGUGUGUAUGUUAUUGCUCAUUUUAUGUAAUGUAUUAUAAUUCUUCAAAGAAUAUUUUGUGGCUUUUAUGCAUAAGUUCAUUUAAUUACUAUUUUUAUUAUUUAAUUUGCACAAUUGUUUUUUAUAUAAUUUCUUUUUACUUAAAAAAAAAAAAUAGAUAUUUGAAAAAAUAAAGACGGAUUUUAUUUUGCUUGAAAAUGUUAUAUCAACUCAACUAAUAGGAAUCAUAAAAGAAAUUUUAUUAAUUGUAUGCAUUUGUACACCUUUCAAAAGAGAAAGAUUAGAUUGUUGCUUAAGAAGCAACAUCAACUAUUCAGUUUUACAAGAGGGAAAAUAAACUCAAUUUCUUUUCCCCAACCAGUAAUGAAUAUGAACCCCCCCCCCCAAAGUCUGCUUAUGAACACAAGAUCAUACACUGUGAAAAUAAAAAUUCCAUCAUAUUCAUAACUGGUUGUUAACAAUUUUUUUUCUUUCUCUGAAAAAAUUUGGAUAAUUUUUUGUUAAAUGCUGUUUCUCUGUAUUGUGUUAAAACAGCAUAUAUUAGUUAUUUUAAUAUAAAUAAAAUUAUUAUGGAUAUGCAUGUU